CCAGCCGUGCGUCGGCUUCAGUAAAAAAAAAUCAAAGCAGGCGUCGCAAGUGCGGAUUAAUUUAUUGCAUCUGUUAUUCGUGACGUGGCCUUUCGCCGGACCAACUGAUAGCUCGUCCUCCGUAAAUCAAGCUACCACCAAUCAUGAAGUACUUUUUGCUGUUGGGCCUGCUGUUUUUAGCAGGCGUCAAUCAGAUCGCCGCCGCUGAGGAAGAGGCCGCAACGGAGACCAUUGACCUGGAUCUGGGCUCCUUCAAGGAGGGCUCCCGCACCGAUGCCGAGACUCUGAAGCGUGAAGAGGAGGCCAUCCAACUGGACGGCCUGAACGUGGCGCAACUGAAGGAGAUUCGCGAGAAGGCCGAGAAGUUCACUUUCCAAACGGAGGUGAACCGCAUGAUGAAGCUGAUCAUCAACUCGCUGUACCGCAACAAGGAGAUCUUCCUGCGUGAAUUGAUUUCCAACGCUUCCGAUGCCAUCGACAAGAUCCGUCUCCUGGCUUUGUCCAACAGCAAGGAGCUGGACAGCAAUCCGGAACUGCAUAUCCGCAUCAAGGCCGAUAAGGAGAAUAAGGCGCUGCACAUCAUGGACUCUGGCAUCGGUAUGACCCACCAGGAUCUGAUCAAUAACCUGGGCACAAUCGCCAAGUCUGGCACUGCCGAUUUCCUGGCCAAGAUGCAGGAUCCCAGCAAGUCGGAGGGACUCGAUAUGAACGACAUGAUUGGACAGUUCGGUGUGGGUUUCUACUCCGCAUUCCUGGUCGCUGAUCGUGUGGUGGUGACCACCAAGCACAACGACGACAAGCAGUACAUCUGGGAGUCGGACGCCAACAGCUUCAGCAUCAUCGAGGAUCCCCGUGGCGAUACUCUAAAGCGAGGAUCUGUGAUCUCGCUGUACCUGAAGGAAGAAGCCCAGGACUUCCUCGAGGAGGAUACCGUUCGCGAGCUCAUCCGCAAGUACUCUCAGUUCAUCAACUUCCCCAUCCGCAUGUGGUCCAGCAAGACCGUCGAGGAGGAGGUGCCUGUGGAGGAGGAGGCCAAGCCCGAGAAGAGCGAGGAUGACGUGGAGGAUGAGGACGCCAAGGUUGAGGAGGCCGAGGAUGAGAAGCCCAAGACCAAGAAAGUAUCGAAGACCACCUGGGACUGGACCCUGAUCAACGACAGCAAGCCCAUCUGGACGCGCAAGCCUGCCGAAGUGAACGAGGAUGAGUACACUAGCUUCUACAAGAGUCUGACCAAGGAUUCCAGCGAGCCGCUGACCCAGACGCACUUCAUUGCCGAGGGUGAGGUGACCUUCAAGAGUUUGCUCUACGUGCCCAAGGUGCAGCCAUCAGAGUCCUUCAACCGCUACGGAACCAAGUCCGACAACAUCAAGCUGUAUGUGCGCCGCGUAUUCAUCACCGAUGAGUUCAACGACAUGAUGCCCAACUACCUGAGCUUCAUCCGCGGUGUCGUCGACUCCGAUGAUCUGCCACUGAACGUUUCCCGCGAAACUCUGCAGCAACACAAGCUCAUAAAGGUGAUCAAGAAGAAGCUGGUCCGCAAGGUUCUCGAUAUGCUGAAGAAGAUCGACAAGGAGGCGUACGAGAAGUUCUGGAAGGAGUUCUCCACCAACAUCAAAUUGGGCGUGAUGGAGGAUCCCAGCAACCGAUCGCGUCUCGCUAAGCUGCUCCGCUUCCAGACCUCCAAUGGAAAGGGCGUCACCUCGCUGGCCGAGUACAAAGAGCGCAUGAAGGGCAAGCAGGAGCACAUCUACUACAUCGCUGGUGCCAACCGCGCUGAGGUCGAGAAGUCGCCCUUCGUUGAGCGUCUGCUGAGCAAGGGAUACGAGGUGCUCUAUCUGGUGGAGGCCGUCGAUGAGUACUGCAUCUCCGCCCUGCCCGAGUUCGAUGGCAAGAAGUUCCAGAACGUGGCCAAGGAGGGUUUCCAGCUGAACGAGUCCGAGAAGAGCAAGAAGAACUUCGAGUCGCUGAAGAGCACUUUUGAGCCGCUGGUCAAGUGGCUGAACGAUGUGGCACUCAAGGAUCAGAUCUCCAAGGCCCAGGUUUCUGAGCGUCUGAGCAACUCUCCAUGCGCCCUGGUGGCCGGCGUCUUCGGCUGGACCGGCAACAUGGAGCGUCUGGCCAUGUCCAACGCCCACCAGAAGUCCGACGAUCCUCAGCGCACCUACUACCUCAACCAGAAGAAGACACUGGAGAUCAAUCCCAGGCAUCCGCUGAUGCGCGAGCUGUUGCGCCGCGUGGAGGCCGACGAGGCUGAUGACACCGCCAAGGACAUGGCUGUGAUGAUGUUCCGCACCGCCACCCUGCGAUCGGGAUACAUGCUCCAGGAGACUUCGCAGUUCGCCGACAGUAUUGAGCAGAUGAUGCGCCAAACCCUGGGCGUCUCCCAGGAUGAGCAGGUGGAGUUCGAUGAGGAUGAGGAGGAUGAUGCCGAGGAGGCCGCCACCGGCAGCCAGGACGGCGCCAACGGCGAUGAUGAGGAUGAGGAGCAGCAGCACGAUGAGCUGUAAACUACUUCACCCACUGUCCACGUAGAUUGUACAUAAGAGUGUGAAGGUCAGACUGAGUUUUAAAUAGCCACCGGGUGGCCGGGCGCUCCAUCAACAUUACACCCUAGAUUCUAAGUAAAGUAAUUUCGUAGUUCUUCGCCCACGCUGUCAUCACCGCCAGUCGCCCAGAGAGCACUCCAUUACAGCCGGCACACUCUCAGCAUUUCGGUUGCUCAAGCGUUUUCUUUUUUCGAAAGCAAAUGAAUUAUGUAUUUAUACAAUGUAAUAUGCUUAGUACAGAAAAGAUUCCAAUCAAACUAAAUAAAGACAAAUGAAUUUAAA